AUGCCCGAAAUAAUAGACCUCCUAUCCUCCGAUCCUCCCACCCCACCAAAGCCCCAGCCGCUAAAGCUGCAACAGCCAGCCGAACUUCCGUCGCGACGUCCAGCCCACCAGCUCAAUCCGAUUUCGUCAGACCCGUUCGAUACAUCCCUGUUCGACUAUGAAGACGUCUUCGACAAGCCCGCCAAGAAACGGCGAGUGAGCGACCAAGACACUUCUUCUCUACGACAAAGCAUCACGCCAAACGAACCUCGAGCUCCAGCCACUGCGGCGGAGCCUUGGUUCUCGAUCUCCGAUGAUGAUUUUGACCUGCCGCCAGUAAACGCUGCGGCGCAGAACAAGCCAUCUAAGUCGCGCGUUGAAGAGUCGGAUCCAAUUGUCUUUACCUCUUCGGCCCCAGUUCCUCUGCCAAAGCCUUCAUCGCGGAAACCGAAUCUUUCAACCCGGGAUAUUAUUGCGCUUGAUGACGAUGACUUAUUGACGGACCCCAUGAAACCUCCGCCCUCGAGUUUCCGAGGGCGUAGUGAUAUUGAUGAAUUCAGUGAUCCGUUUGCUCUGCCGGAGUUUUCUGACCUAUUGAAAAAACCGACUGUCUCGAAUCCCAUCUCGAAUCCUAUCUUCUCCGAAUCGACAGCUCGACUAUUAUCUCGCCUUGGCGACGAACAUACUUCAGGCCCCAAAACAAAUUCUGGUGCUCGAAAACAGAAAGGCACUAGCCUAAAAUCUACGGCCGCGGAGGUCUUUUCCGACGACGACAUUGAUGAACCAGCAGCACCCCGGAAGACAACAAAGAAGACAAGCAAAGUUACCACCGCUGAAAAGGAAGCAAAGGCGAAAGCACGCGAUGAAGCAAAGCUACAGCGAGAACGAGAACGCGAGCUCGAGAAAGAGCGCAAGCUGAAGCUCAAAGAGGAGAAAGCGAAAGAGAAACAACGUGCUGCCGACAUCGCAAGCGUCAACAAGCUGAAAGUGAACAAAAAGGAUUCCGCACCAGAGAUGAUCGUUGACAUGGCCACAUCUCUUGAAGACAGCAGCGUCGGCACUCAAACCGUCGAGUUCAUGAAACGACUCGGCGUCCAACAUACAUUUUUCACAAGCGCAAUUCCCAACGUAGUCAAAUGGCGUCGCAAAAUGAACGCCACGUACAACAGAACCCUACGCCACUGGGAGCCGUGUCCAUCCUUCAUCCAAAAAGAAGACCACGUGCUCUGCCUUGUACCCGCGCAAGAGUUCAUCAACAUGAUAACCGCACCACCAGACGACAAAGAAAGAGAAAGAGAAAUCCUAGAAACGCACGUCCUGCGAAUAAAAAGCGCCUACCCAGACUGCAAACCCAUCUACCUAAUCGAAGGGCUGACGGCUCUAAUGCGCAAAAACACAAACGCCCGCAACAGAGCCUUCCAAGCCGAAGUCCUGCGCCAACUCGCCGAAACAACCGUACCAGAGGAACAAAGCACAGCUCGCAGAGCGCGAAAAUCAAAGAAAAAGCCCGACACGACGCCGCUCGUCGACGACGAGACUGUCGAAGACGCUCUGCUCGCACUACAGGUCACGCAUUCCUGUCUCAUCCACCACACGACCGCGCCAGCCGACUCCGCGGAGUGGAUUAAGAAUUUCACCGAGCACAUCUCGACAGUGCCCUACCGCCGUGAACGACAGGAAGCACACAAUGCUGCUUUCUGUAUGGAUACCGGACAGGUGAAGACGGGCGUCGAUAAGCAGGAUACUUUCAUCAAGAUGAUUCAGGAGGUCAACCGCGUGACGGCUCCUAUGGCUUAUGGGAUUGCGGGGCAGUAUCCCUGUGUUGCGGAUUUGACUCGUGGAAUGAGGAUGCAUGGCGCUAUGAUGCUGGAGGAUAUUAAGAAAUCCGCGAACAAAAACGGCUCCCUGACGAAUGCGCGCAUCGGACCCGCUGCCAGUAAGCGGCUGUACAAAGUGUUCACUGGACUUGAUCCGAGUUCAACGGACAUUUAG